UCGGGUCUAUAUUAGCGGCUGCACGCGCUUUCGGUUAAAACGCAGCGAAAUGGCGAACAGGGCGGAAAUCCGCGGGCUUGUAGAUGAGAAUGAAGACGACGAUGGAAACAGCAGACGCUUGUCUCCGUUUUGUGACCCGAAUCAUUUACUCCACCGGAUUGUCGUGCUUGUUUUUAUGUGUUUCCUGGGAUUCGGAAGCUACUUCUGUUAUGACAACCCUGCUGCCCUUCAGAAACAAGUCAUCCAGGAUAUGCAGCUAAAUACCUCCAAAUUCAUGCAGCUUUAUGCCUGGUACUCAUGGCCCAAUGUAGUUCUUUGUUUUGUGGGAGGCUUUUUGUUGGACAGGGUGUUUGGCAUCAGGCUGGGGACGAUCAUCUUUUCGCUCUUCGUGUGCGUCGGACAGGUCAUAUUUGCCAUAGGCGCUUUAGUCAACCAUUUCUGGGUGAUGGAGUUUGGGCGCUUUGUUUUCGGCAUCGGAGGAGAGUCUUUGGCUGUGGCACAGAACACAUAUGCAGUGAAUUGGUUUAAAGGGAAGGAGCUUAACCUGGUAUUCGGCCUGCAGCUCAGCAUGGCGAGAGUGGGCAGUACAGUAAACAUGAACAUCAUGUGCUGGGUGUAUGAUCAAAUGAAGGAUGUAGUGGGGCAGACGGGUCACUUUACUCUCGGAGCUGCACUCAUGAUCGCUGCCUCGACAUGUGUCUUAUCUCUCGUGUGCGCUCUGGUAUUGGCCUACUUUGACAAGCGGGCCGAGAGGAUACUCAACAAGGAGCAGGGAAAGACCGGUGAAGUGAUCAAGUUAUCUGAUGUAAAGCACUUCCCUUUCCAACUGUGGAUGAUCUUCAUCGUCUGUGUGGGAUAUUAUGUGGCCAUCUUCCCCUUUAUAGGCUUGGGACAGGUUUUCUUCAUUGAGAAGUUUAACUUCACUCCACGCCAGGCAAGAGCAAUCAACAGCAUUGUGUACAUCAUCUCGGCUCCAGCUUCCCCUUUGUUGGGUCUCUUGGUGGAUAAAACGGGCAAGAACAUCGCAUGGGUUAUGUGCGCUGUGGUCGCCACGCUGCUUGCUCACUUGAUGCUGGCUUUCACCUUCUGGAACCCCUGGUUUGCUAUGGUCCUCUUAGGUGUGUCUUAUUCGCUGUUGGCCUGUGCUCUCUGGCCAAUGGUGGCCUUUGUAGUGCCAGAACACCAACUGGGAACGGCAUAUGGAUUUAUGCAGUCCAUACAGAACCUAGGUUUGGCACUUAUCUCUAUGGCAGCAGGAGCCAUUCUUGACAGCAGGGGUUACCUCUUCCUGGAGGUCUUCUUCUGUGCAUGCAUCUGCGUGGCUCUGAUAGCAGUGGUGUUGCUUUACAUUGCGGACUUUGCUCGAGGCGGAGAUUUAAACCUAUCAGCCUCGGCCCGAGCCAAACUCCAAAAGUCAGAGUGAUAGCUGUUCAGUCCACUGGCUUCACCCUUCUUGCUGUGAUCUGUCUCACUGGACUUCUCAGCCUGUCAAUCACGCACCAAUGGGCAUUUCUGCACUACUUAUUUCUGUUUAUCACACUGACCAGGGUCUGUUCCCACACAGGGGUACAUGGGGGCCAUCUCAAAUGGGGUCUUACCCCUAGAUAAGACUUUUUAAUCAUCGCUGCUGUGUACGAUUAAGUACGAUUGGGAUAUUGUACAGGCUGAGAGGAGGACAGAUCUGAUUUGUCUGGUCGGGUCAUGCCAGAGAGGACGUCCUGCCACUCUCUUAACUCCACCUCAGGGCAUCUGGCACUUCUGCAUGGACACUGAAUACACCACUUUCUUUUUUUAACUCUUGGUAUCAUUUAGGGCCAGUUCCUUUCCACAGACCUUUGCACUGGUGAAUCUUCACCCACUGGGAAACUUACUGGGAUGUAGCUUAUUCUUUCAGUUCACAGCUUCGCAGCACUUUGGCACCUCUCCCCCUACGAGAGGCCAUGUUGUAGCUCUUCCAAAUUUUUACAUAACCUCACUCGGAAAAUGAGGGAGGUGUUUUUUUUUUUUUUUUUUUUUUUGCAACUUAAAA